UUGCAAAACAAAGUUGAUACACCACCCCCAGCUUCAACUCCUGGCAAGUUCCAAAACCAUUUCCUAAAUUUCGCAUUCCCUGGAACAAAAUGGACCCCGGGAUCCAUAAACGGCCGAGCAUUCAAGAGUCCACCGGUUUCUGCUUAUUCUCAGCGAAGCGAACUGGAGACUGGAUGUGACUCUGGUUCGUGUGGGUUGGACAAGAUAUGUGCGUGCUCAAGUAACUUGGAACUGAAAUACGACGACACUAUCCAGAUGGUGUUUUUAAACCUUGGAAGAGGCAAAGGCUGGUCGCACCCUGUUCACUUGCACGGGCACAGUUUCUACGUCCUCAAAAUGGGCUAUGCGGACUACAACAGCACGACAGGAAAUCACAUCCGUGAUAACGCAGACGUCAAUUGUUUAGGAGAUGAACAAUUGAACUUCUGUAAUGAUGCCGAGUGGAGUGAUUCGUCAUGGAUCGGUGAUAACAUCCCUGGACUAAAUCUUGUCAAUCCACCGCGGAAGGAUACUAUCAUCGUGCCUACUGGCGGCUAUGCUGUUGUACGGAUAAAGGCGAACAACCCUGGAUCGUGGUUCAUGCAUUGUCAUAUCGAGCUUCACAACAUGGACGGGAUGGCGAUGUUUUUCGACGAGGCACCUGAAAAGCACCCUGAAUCUCCGAAGAACUUUCCCAAAUGCAAUAACUUCCUAUUCGACCAAACGAACGAGGGGGAGGAGGAAUCGACCGAAUCGACCGAAGGAGAAAUCAAUGGAGCACAGAUACCAGUAAAAGAGUCUGCCUACACAUUGGGUAUAUUCUGGGGCGUAGUUGGUGCAUUGCUGGGUAUAAUUCUGCUGCAGUUCGUCACCAUAUUCUGUCUGUUUAUGAGACAGAAGAGUUCAACAGUCUGAACGUAACCAUGGGAUCGACAAUACCACUUAUGAACGUUAACUUAGCUCUAUGGAAAUGUAAUGGAGUUAUAUGGAGAUUGAAAGCUGAUAACAAUGCGCCAGAAUGGAACACUAGGGAGUUUAAGCUUGCAUAUAAAAUCGAAACGCCAACUUAUACGUAUGACCAAUUGCCCAUACAAAUGCAUCGAUUAAAUAUUUUCCGUUUAGGUUGUGAAAAACAUUGCAAGCUCC